GAGUUUCUGCAGAAGGCCACUCCUCUUUUUUUUUGUACUCGUCUCAUAAACUCCUUCCCCAUUUCGUCUCUUCUCUUUCACCAUCAUGGCUUUCACUGGGAAGUAUGAGCUUGAGAGUCAAGAGAACUAUGAGGAGUUUCUGGGAGCAAUCGGGCUCCUGCAGGCCAAGACGGACGACAAGGUGAUAACGGACUUGGUUCAAGAUGGGAACAACUUCACCUGGAAGCAAAGCAUUCCCGGCAAGACCUGGUCCAAUGCGUUCAGCGUUGGUCAGGAAUGUGAGCUGGCGACAAUGACGGGCGCCAAAUUUAAGGCUCUUGUCACCAUGGAAGGCGGCAAGAUUUUAAUACCGUUCCCCCAGUAUCACCUCACAGCAGAGAUCAUCGAAGACAAGCUAGUCAUGAUUUGCACAACUCCAGGAGAGAAGGGUGUGACUUUCAAAAGAGUAAGCAAGAGGAUCUAAUGCUGCGUGACUCAACAUGCUUGAACAAGAGAGGAAAGUGUCCGUGGGAGGUAAAACACACCGUGCAAAUGCUUACUCCAACUCCAACGACCGAGGCCAGAGGAACAAAGUCACCAUCUGUAGCGAGGAGCGAGUGGAACACCUCUUGUCUUCACAGGACUGCAUUUUGUUGUUUUACCUACAGAUAGAAGCGGUGAAAGUAUUAACAGUGUUUCAACAAGGAUGAAACAAUUUGCCUGUACCAGAGUCCAGGUUUGAUCCAAUAAAAGUAUUUCCUGUUGUGCCAAGCGA